GAUUCCCCGAGGGAAGUUCCCAACUCAACUAGUCUAUGUAAAAUGUACAUUAGUGCGAAACAUAUCCUCUGCUGCGUUUCGUAACUUUGCAGGUCAUUUGAAGAGUACGAAGGUGUCGUGGCGUCAAAACAAUAAUUUUGACUUUACACGAAUGAAGGGCUCAUGUCUGCUGUGUCAGUGAUGAUUGUGGAGCACACGGCAUGGAGAGGAACAUUGGAGACCAGCUCAACAAAGCUUUUGAAGCUUAUCGUCAGGCCUCCAUUGAGAAAGACAAUGCUAAAAAGGAACUACAGAAAAUGACUGAAUAUUAUCAACAGUACACUCAAAAGCUUCAAAAGCAGAUAGAAGACCAGAAGCAGGCGAUUUUAAAACUUGAAGCUCAGUUGAUGUCAACAGCAAAGCAACCAUCAGGAGAGGUGAAAUGUGAGAUGGCCCCCAGAACACAGGAAGAGGAGACUUCGCCUUGCAAUCAUCUACUCGAUGGGCCAGGUGGUUCUAGGAAAAUACCGUGUCUGAACGAGACCAUGGAAAUUGCAGUGGCUGUUGCUCCUAAAUUGCCAGUAAACAGCAGCAUUGACAAUCAAGACAUGCUGGAGGUAUUUGAAGCAAUUCAAGGGAAAUUCCAGCAGAUUCGGUUACUAACCAGAAGACAAAAAGAUCAUCUAAAAAGAUUUCAUGGGGGAAAUGAUACUUCAAAUGACCAGCGGUUCUCCAUGCCUAUCCAGUGCACAGACGGUACAGUGGAGCAGACGGAGAGACCCUUCCCCUCAGCACUAAGACCAGCGGUGGAUAUUCCACACCCACCUAUGCCUCUGGCGUCCCGCGGUGCCAGCCCUGAGGACAGGGACUUAGAAGACUCUCUCACCAAACUCAGUGUCAAAUUCCCGCCCUCUGCGGACAGUGAAUACGAGUUCCUGAACAGUGCUCCUGAGAGACACAUUGGGCUGCCCAUGCCCAGGAAACGGCCUGUCAGUAGUGUCCCUACUGCACUGACAGAGGAGGUACCGGUGGAACUGGCCAUGCCUUUUGACUACCCCGCAUCCCCCUCCCACUCGACAUCAUCCUCACUCUCCCAGGAGAGUGUACGGGGACCCCAACAGCCUCUCUGGAGUCCCGAGCUGUGUGAGGCAGUUAAUGUGCGGACAGAGUUGGAGAUGGCACAGAGCAGCAGUCCUGAUAAAUGUGCUUUCUGCCAUGCUGUGGUUCCCCAAGACCGUAUGAACAGCCACCUCUAUUCUCAUUUCUCUCAUAAGAACGAAGCCAGCAAUUGACAAUGGAAGCAGAGACUGACUGUCCAAUGCAAUAACUCCUCCAAGACUUAUUGUAUUCAUGGUGUAUUCAUGCCUUUGUUGCCUGCCAUGAAGUACAUGCGCUGUACUGGAUUUCAAAUGACACUGCAUUUUGCAAUAAGAUUGGAAUCCAUUCUUAGUCCAUUUAUUUAAUGCUGAAGAGUUGAAUGGUACACUUUCUUGCCCAUUGUAUUUUUUUAAAUAUUACUCUGAAAUUGUACUCAUGACCUAAAUGGUGAUGAUGCAUAUUAUACUAGAUAUGAGUGUAAUAAAGCCAUCAUUUAAUCUUGCAAUGAAUAUUCUUUUUCAUUAGCAAUGUCAUUUCCUUUGUUUAUAGAUCGGGUGGGAUACUGUUCUAAGUGUAGCCACAAUAUGAUGGAGAACUUGCAGCCCUGAUGUUACAUUGAUAUUUAUGAACUUUGGUGUUGAAUUGUGUUUAUGCAUUUUGUAUUUGAAAACUCAUAAGUUGUAUUUGAGGACUCAAAAAAAAAAUAUAUAUAUAUAUCAAUGUAUAUUUUUCAGGGAGAUCUUCACUCAGAACUGAAGAAAAAUGAAUUCACUUUGGAAAUGUAAGUUUUAUAAUCAUUUUUGCUGAAAUGUGACUAAUAUUACCUUCUCUUUAUGCUGUCAACAGAAUUUUAUACUUUAUAGACAUAAAUGCAAAAGUGGAAGAUUUCAUAUAUUUUAUUUGCGU